UGCAUUAGACACUAUCAUAUUGCAGUGUAAUUUGUAGAAUGAAAGUAUCUUGUAUGAAAAAUAAACAUGUCAUCAAAUUUAAAUGUGGUAAAGUCAUUUUUUGUACCACUGACUGUACAAAGUAGUGUAAAUUGGGCCAUAACCCUAUAAACAUACUCCAUUGAAGUUAAAUAUAAAGACUUUAAGAAUGGAUUGAAAUGUGCAACAUAAUAUCUGAAUGGAUAUUCUGUAUUCUAGCAACAUACAUGUACAGUUAUGUAAGCAUUGCUGGUGAUGAUGAACAAGAAUCUGCUAGUCAUACCACUUGUGCUGCUGCUACCUCUAAUACUACUACUGCUGGAUGCUCCUGCCUUCCCCAUCCCUGAUGCGGACGCAGAUUCAGAAAGCGGGUUCUCUCGUGAAUGGGUUUCAAACCACGAGGCAAAUGCAGCCCGCAGGCAAGGGGAAGUUAGGGAAGCAUCUAGUGGACAUGUCUCAGAUUACAGAACAUUCCCACAGCAGCAAGGACAUGAACAACAGGUGGAAGUGGAAGAACGUGUGAUUCAAUUCUGCUCAAGGCCUCAGAUAAUGUGGCGUGAAACUUGGUCUAGGAGACUUCAUUUUCUGGUUGGCUAGGCAUCAUCCUAUGGUGACUGGAAUACUACUCUCUCCUGCUUUGUUACCAUCCUUAUUAAAAGUGUUAAAGGCUGGUACCAUUAUAGCUACUGAUAUAAGAGAAGAGGUCAGAUGGCAAUCAGUUGUGAUGAAAUAAUGAUCAUUAUAACUGUAAACUAUCUUAACUCCAAGACCAGCCAAGCGCUGGUUAAGCCCCUAACUUAGUUUGGAGGGUAUGAUAAUAGUCAGGGCUACUGUAUGCGUAUUGGGGCAGUGGUAGAUGAAUUUGGAGCAAUGGUGCACUUAGACAUUUGUUUGGGGAUGGCAGUUUACCUUCCCAUUGCCAGCUCAUAGAUGAUAAAGUGUCAUUAAACAAAUAGAGGAAAUAAAUCUAGGAGUUUCUUGAAUCAUGCAGGGUCUGUGCCUCACAUUGCUGUUAAUAGACAUUUUUAAGAAAGCAUUUCUAUCACAUUCGGGCUCACCUUCUACUUAGCAACUAGUGAGAUUGUCAAGCCAUUUUGCAGGCAAGUGUUCAUCUAGCAGGUUGAUUUUCAUAAUUUAUAUUGAAGUUAUGCAUCAUAUUUAUUGUCAUGCAAUUACAAUUAUUUAUAUUCUGAUUAUAUUUAACAGCAUAUUACAGCAAUGGUGAAACAUGGAUGUAUCAUGAUGUCUCUUUUGCAUGUAUAUAAGACCACUGUGUUACUUUGUCGACCC